AGGGAAAGAAGUUGUCCACAGAGAGACACAGGACACCGGAUUCUGCCUGUGCUCUGGGGAAGAACUUACAGUGUCCUGGCAGCGCUUCGGGCAGGGCCCCUCUACAGUGUUGCACUGGAAGGAGAAGGGGACACCGUGAACAGUGUGCACCGUCGUGGGUGUAAGUGCACGCUCCAUGUGUGCGCCUCUAUGUAGCAUCAAGCGUGAGGCGCUGUCCAGUCUCCCGCUGCCCUGAACCAGACUGAACAUCCCCACGUUCUGCCUGCCAAGCUGCCCGUGUCCAGCUACCUGGUCUGAGCAUCAGGUCCCAUUGCAAAAAGGUCUUCCUGUCUCCGGGGCCAGCAGCAGAAGAGCAGGAACCCCUGAGCUGCCGCAGUUACCGAUUGGCCAGCUGGCAGAAGUCCAAGCUUGUAAUUCUCCCCAAGGUGGGCAGGGGGCAGUGAAGCAACUCACACCCUACCUGUCGGCAGGAACUAGGAAGGGAAGGGCCGGGCCUCUGCCUCCCCACAGCUAUGGACUGACAAGUGGCACAUGCUGAGGGGCUCUCUCACUUCAGAGCUGCAGAGAGUGUGGGCUUCACCAUGUUGGCACCAGGCGGUGGCCCAGAGCAGAGGAGCAAACUUGUCUUGCAGUGGAGACAGCUCUCCUGGAUCACCUGCUGGAUUGCCCUGUGUGCUGUGGAGGUGCUCCCUGCCUGCCCUUUCUCUUGCACAUGUGACAGUCGCAGCUUGGAGGUGGACUGCAGUGGCCUGGGCCUCACCACUGUACCCCCGGAUGUGCCGGCUGCCACCCAAAGCCUUUUGCUCCUGAACAAUAAGCUGAGUGCCCUGCCAAGCUGGGCUUUCGCCAACCUGUCCAGCCUGCAGCGACUGGACCUGUCCAACAACUUUCUAGACCAGCUCCCGCGGUCCGUUUUCCAGGACCUGGUCAAUCUGACGGAGCUUCAGCUUCGGAAUAACAGUAUCAGGACCCUGGACAGGGACCUGCUCCAGCACUCCCCACGACUUCGACAUCUGGAUUUGUCUAUCAACGGCUUGGCCCAGCUGCCCCAGGGGCUUUUUGAUGGGCUCCUGGCUCUACGAUCCUUGUCCCUUCGCUCCAAUCGUCUGCAGAGCCUGGACCGGCUGACGUUUGAGCCCCUGGCAAGCCUGCAGCUGCUUCAGGUUGGGGACAACCCGUGGGAGUGUGACUGCAACCUUCGAGAGUUCAAACACUGGCUUGAGUGGUUCUCUUACAGAGGGGGGCGCCUGGACCAGCUUGCCUGCACCCUCCCCAAGGAGCUGAGGGGGAAGGACAUGCGCGCGGUCCCCAUGGAGAUGUUUAACUACUGUUCCCAGCUAGAGGAUGAGAACUCCGCUGGGCUGGAUGCUCCAGGGCCACCAUGCACCAAGGCCAGCCCAGAGCCUCCUAAACCUAAACCUGGGGCUGAGCCUGAGCCUGAGCCCAGCACUGCCUGCCCUCAAAAGCAGAGGUACCGGCCGGUGAGCGUGCGGCGAGCCAUCGGCACCGUGAUCAUCGCCGGUGUCGUGUGUGGCAUCGUCUGCAUCAUGAUGGUGGUGGCUGCUGCUUAUGGGUGUAUCUACGCUUCCCUCAUGGCCAAGUACCACCGGGAGCUCAAGAAGCGCCAGCCGCUGAUGGGGGACCCCGAGGGUGAGCAUGAAGAUCAGAAGCAGAUCUCCUCUGUGGCCUGAGAGCUGAGGGUCUGGCCCAGGUAGGACAGCAAGGAGACUCCAUGGGACUGCUACCAAAAGGGCUGCCCUUCCCUCCAUCACAGGCCCUGUCUCAGCCUGACACUGGCACUGCCUCCCUCAGCUCCCUGGUCCCAAUCUCUCUCCAAGUCUCCCAGAAGCUUCCCUGGGGCCAGCGAUUCCCGUGGAAGGCCUGCUCUGGGCCUCUUGUCUUUGGGACACCUGAGCUUUCCUGCAGGCUUCUGGCCACAGGGAGGAAAGAACCUACAUUAGAGACAUCAUCUGCACUGAGCGCUUCCCUCCUGCCCAGGGCUACCACAGUGGUGACUCCCUACCUCUUGCUCAUUUCCACUUCAGUCUGCAUUAGGGCCUGGGAGGGAGGGACAGGAGGCCCAGAGGUAGAUUUCUGUGACUCCUUUCAAAGCCAGAAAGAGAUUCUUAAGUCCUUGCAGUGGGAAGCUUGUCCAGCUCUCAGCGGCUGGUGCCAGUGUGCAAACACCCCAGCCCUGUGAUCUGGGUCCAAUGCUUAGAAAAACCAAAGUGACUAUAAUGUCCCCCUUGGGUGGAUGUCAUUAUGUCCCUUUAUUUGCUAUAGACCCCUUGGACUACAUUGCUCCAGGUUUAUGAAUUCUAUCCAUACUUUUUGUUCUAGCGUGAGGUUUUAAGACAGGGCCUUACUCUUACUCUAACUCACUGUCAGACACAGGGCAUCUCUGUAAUGGUCCUGCAGAUCAAAGUCACACACACACACACACACACACACACACACACACACACACACAUGCACGCACGCACGGAAACAGAGACCAUGAGAACUUGGGGCAGAGACCCACUCUCUUGAACCUAGAGACCACGGCUCCUCUUACUUCCAUGAUUACCGUCUUCCCAUGUUAUCAGGGGUUGGUCCUGAACAGUAACACAGGGAUCCUUUGGGACCCUUGAAAGUGGGCCAAAGUAUGCAGCUGGAGGAAUUGCCCAUUGCCAUGGCAACCCUAGCACCUCUCCUGCUAGGUUUACCAGAGGGGUGUGUGUGUGUGUGUGUGUGUGUGUGUGUGUGUGUGUGUGUGUGUGCGUGCGUGCAUGACAGGCUCCAGGCUUCUGAGAGCUCAGUUGCAGACCCCCUGGGCAGGUCUGGGAGCCUCCUCCCUGCCAGGUUCCAGGUACACCCAGCAGUUUCUACUUCUGCAACCUGGCUUCUCCCGUGUCCUCUGUCAUCUGCAUCCUUUGUUUGUGACCUCAAAGGCUGGGUCUGGGCUGUGCUCUGAGAUUGGUGGCUCACCUUAAGGAAAGCAGAUGUCAGGCUCCAGAAGGCUGGCUGCCUUCAACACAUCCCCAACAGACUGCGGGAACGGAACAGGAUGGCUACAUUCUGUUCGGAGUCCUUGGCAAUGGGGCUCUCUUUCCCAGGGGUUCAUCAGCUCUGCCUGGUUUCCUGGGAGAGUGCAAUUGCACCUGGACUACCCAGGCCAAACAAUGGCCACAGUCCUACCUGGUAUGGAGAUUCUUUUUUUUUUUUGGUUCUUUUUUUCCGGAGCUGGGGACCGAACCCAGGGCCUUGCACUUCCUAGGCAAGCGCUCUACCACUGAGCUAAAUCCCCAACCCCUGGUAUGGAGAUUCUUACUCCUGGGCUGUGCACGUUUUCGGGGUCACUGCCCUGUCUUCUAAACUGUCCCCUCCUUAGAGACUGGAUACCUCUGUAGGAGAUGCUAGACUGAUAUCUUGCCCUGGGAAGGGUCUUGGUAGUAGCCGGAUAGACACGUAGGCACUGAUGAUACACCUAUGAGCAUCAGAGCAACCUCUCAGCCCUCCUCCUGGUCCUCUGCCACCUUCUCCACUAGCAGGGGUGAGUACAGGGAGUCUCGGGAGAGCCUCCAAGGUUGUCCUCUGGCUGGUAGACAGAGAGCACAGGCUGCCGUUCAGGAUCAUAGGAUCCUCUAGGCUGGGCCACAGCCUUCCUUCCUCUUUUGGCUGGUGGGCCAAUCCCAGAACCGGGAUUUUCUAAGGGCCUGGGGGAGGGAGGGUGUUGUCAGUGGUGAUAUCUUUAGCCUGAGACAGAAGAUUUUUAAAGGCAAAAUUAUAUUUCUGGUUUGUCGUUUCAGAAGACCAAUAAAGACUAUUUUCCUAUGUAA